AUGUCCGCUAACCUCCGAUCACCUUUUGCUGAAGAAGAUGAAGCGAGUGUCCAUCGUCGAAAUAGGACUUCAGUCACCAACGAGGACCUGAUCAGCUUCCGUGAAAAGAUACUCGGCAUCCCACGCGAAGAGCAGCCGCCCAUUCCACGAUCUGAACCCAAGGAAGACGACGAAGACUUCUCUGCAAUCAACGCUGCCGUUGCAGCUUUCAGCAUGUCUGUCAACCAGAACAGCCAAAACACCGCUAAUACUCCCUCCUCUGCUGCUCCGUCGAGCGCGUCUACCAGUGGACCGUCGAGUUCUGCGGGUCUGUUUACAAACUUCUUCGACUCUAGCAACGCCAGCAACGCUGCAGGCAAUCCUCCAGCCAUGUCAGCUCCUCGUCAUACCAACUCUGCUCCAGCCAGCCCCGCCAUGCAUAACGGUGCUCCAGCCAUGCCAGCCAUGAAUGCGUCCUUUCCAAUGAACGCUGGACACCAGAUGGACCUUAACCAUCUCUACGCCAUGGUCAAUGAGCUGAGUGACGUCUUGAAGAAUAACCGUGACCUGACCAGUGGCAUCAUCAAGAGUGCCGAAGAUAUCGCUCGUCGUGCCGCAGCUGAAGGUACUACUCCGAGUCUACAGGAAGUUAACGGAGAGAUCACUGCUACGCGUAUCGCGGAGCUCGAACGCGCACUUGCCAGGGAGAAACGCCGGGUUGAGACCCUCCGUCACGAGCAAGUUGAAAACAUGAAGCUCAUCGCCGAGUACGAGAAUGCAGUCGGCACCAUGGUCGAGCAGAUCCGCAACUACUGCUGCAAUAACGAAGGCCAUUUCCUCUCGCAGAAGCGCCGCUACAAUGACCUCCUGCAAGCCGAACGCGACGCCCACCUGGCAUCUCGCCUGGAUCGUGACUACUGGCACGCACAGACCAUGAAGUGCGCCGAGAUGAUCCGAACAGCGUACCGCCUACGGUGCGAGGAGGAAGUCCUUCCUCUUCGCAUCGUGGCGGGGCUGCAAAACGAGGUGCGGGCAUACCGCAACGCGCUGGGGAUGGACCCAGAGAAGCCAGAGGAGGAGUGGGGAUGGGAGAUCCUCAAGGAUGCUCCCCCAGGCGUUGAGUAG